UUCUUCUUCUUAUUCAAACUAGAACCCCAAGAACCAGACAGAGGUUUUCAAACACAUGUUAUAAGACAAACGCAACACUUAGCUUCUGUCUUUUUUUUAAUAACACUUGGCAAUUAAUUUAAGUUCAUUUAUUGAACAAAACAAAAACAGAGCCAAAAAAAAAACUAAUGGUUCAAAACCAGCAAGAAGCUUUCGCCGUCGACAUGCCACAAACCGGUGGCUCCAAGUGCUUCGACGACGAUGGCCGUAUCAAACGAACGGGAAAUGUUUUGACGGCGAGCGCACAUAUCAUAACGGCGGUGAUAGGUUCAGGAGUUUUAUCACUAGCAUGGGCCACAGCACAGCUAGGUUGGCUCGCUGGACCGGCGGUUAUGUUACUCUUCUCCGUCGUCACUUAUUUCACUUCCACUCUCCUAGCUGCUUGCUACCGCUCCGGCGACCCUAUCUCCGGCAAGAGGAACUACACUUACAUGGACGCCGUCCGAUCAAACCUAGGUGGCGUGAAGGUCAAGUUAUGUGGUAUUGUUCAGUAUCUUAACAUCUUUGGUGUUGCAAUUGGUUACACUAUUGCUUCAGCUAUAAGCAUGAUGGCGAUUAAGAGAUCAAACUGUUUCCACCAGAGUGGAGGGAAAGAUCCAUGUCACAUGAACAGUAACCCUUACAUGAUAGCUUUUGGUCUAGUUCAGAUUGUAUUCUCUCAGAUUCCAGAUUUUGAUCAGCUUUGGUGGCUCUCUAUCCUCGCUGCUGUCAUGUCCUUCACUUAUUCCUCUGCUGGUCUUGCUCUCGGCAUAGCUCAAGUCGUAGCAAAUGGGAAGGUGAAGGGAAGUUUCACAGGGAUCAGCAUAGGAGCUGUGACAGAGACACAGAAGGUAUGGAGAAGCUUCCAAGCUCUUGGAGACAUUGCUUUUGCUUACUCUUACUCCAUCAUCCUCAUAGAGAUUCAGGAUACAGUGAAGUCACCACCAUCAGAAGAGAAAACAAUGAAGAAGGCAACACUUGUGAGCGUUGGUGUAACGACUACGUUCUACAUGCUGUGUGGUUGCAUGGGAUAUGCAGCCUUCGGAGACAUGUCUCCAGGGAAUCUCCUAACCGGUUUUGGGUUUUAUAACCCUUAUUGGCUUCUUGACAUUGCAAAUGCAGCCAUUGUGGUUCACCUCGUUGGCGCGUACCAAGUCUAUUGCCAACCUUUGUUUGCCUUCAUCGAGAGGCAAGCUUCGGUUCGGUUCCCUGAUAGCGACUUCAUUGCUAAAGAUAUCAAGAUCCCUAUCCCAGGGUUCAAGCCUCUCCGUUUGAACUUCUUCAGGUUGAUAUGGAGGACAGUGUUUGUGAUCAUAACGACACUUAUCUCAAUGCUUCUACCGUUUUUCAACGACGUUGUGGGUUUGCUAGGUGCACUUGGGUUUUGGCCAUUGACGGUUUACUUCCCGGUCGAGAUGUAUAUAGAGCAGAAGAAGAUAGCUAGAUGGAGCACUCAGUGGGUUUGUCUUCAAGUCUUCAGCUCAGCUUGUUUGGUAGUUAGCAUUGCUGCAGCUGCAGGGUCCAUAGCUGGAGUUGUUCUUGAUCUCAAGUCAUACAAGCCAUUUCAAAGCAACUACUAAUACUCUUUUUUUCCAACCAAGAACAGUCAAAAAGAAUCAAGAAUCUUGGAGUACUUUAUGAGCUUUGCGUUUGAUAAAAGAUAAAAGCAAUAAACAAUGUUGUAUCCUCUGAAGCCUAAUGGCGAGAACUGUAAUCUUACUCCAUAUUCAUAUAUAUACUAAUAGAAGAGGUUUGACAAAACAA